CUCGCCUUGCUCUGUUGCUCAGAGUCACAGAGUUUUCUCUAAUCAGUGAAUCACCACUCUUCUGAACUCACAAUUCACGAAUCACGAAUCGAAAUCUCUCUCUCUGCCUCUCUCGAGUCUCGACUCUCGACCGCCUCUCGGCCUCUCGCUCGCCUCAUCUAUCGAUUCACGGCUAAACCUAGACGAAAUCCUCUCACGAAUCUCGCAUUUGAAAUCUUGAUUCACGAUACUUUUUCUCUCUGUAAACAAAUACUUCUCUGCUGCAUUUCUUCACAAUGGCCACAAGACUUCAGUUUGAGAAUUCAUGUGAAAUUGGGGUGUUCUCAAAGCUGACAAAUGCUUACUGCUUGGUAGCCAUUGGGGGGUCUGAAAAUUUCUACAGUACAUUUGAGUCCGAAUUAGCAGACRUUAUUCCUGUGGUUAAGACCUCCAUUGGUGGUACAAGAAUAAUUGGAAGGCUUUGCAUUGGUAACAAAAAUGGGCUUCUUUUGCCUCAUACUACUACUGAUCAAAAAUGGUGGUUCUGCUUCUUGCAGGUUCACCCUCAUACCUCUAUUGAAGACUUGGAUGAAUUGUCAACCCUCCUUCAAGUACCUUUAGUGGCGGGCACGGUGAAUCGUGGUAGUGAAGUGAUAGCUGCCGGCAUAACGGUCAAUGAUUGGACUGCUUUUUGYGGUUCGGACACUACCGCAACUGAAUUAUCUGUGAUCGAGAGUGUUUUCAAGUUGCGAGAAGCCCAACCGAGUGCCAUCGUGGAUGAGAUGAGGAAGUCUUUGAUCGAUACCUAUGUUUGAUAUCGUUAACGGCCAAACUCCACGAUAACUAUGGUUCCUGUUUUUUUAGCUUUCUUUUGAGGAUGAAAAUUUACCUUUUACUUGCCUUGUUUUAUGUUUUGCUACUUUUAGUGUUUAUACUUGCAUUUCAGUUUUGGGUUGUAAUGGAAUGUAUGUUUUGGUUGGUAAUGUUAUUCAUAACUAUUUAAAAUUAGCAUUUGCUUG